AACACCCAGAAGAGAAAAAUAAAAAUCCAUAACGCCAAACCCUAGACCAACCAACCAUGGCUUCUGAAACUUACCAACCCAAAAAUGUAUGUGUGAUUGGAGCUGGACCCUCGGGGCUUGUAGCUGCAAGGGAGCUGAGGAAAGAAGGUCACAGGGUGGUGGUGUUGGAACAAAACCAUGAGGUGGGAGGGCAGUGGCUCUACGACCCAAAUGUGGAGGGAGAGGAUCCCUUAGGAAGGUCACCUACCCUAAAAGUGCAUAGCAGUCUUUACUCCUCUUUGAGGAUAAUUUCUCCAAGAGAGAGCAUGGGGUUCACUGACUUCCCAUUUGCAGUCAAGAAAGGUAGGGACAUGAGGAGGUUUCCUGGCCAUACGGAGCUUCUUUUGUACCUCAAGGAUUUUUGUGAUUGGUUUGGAUUGAGGGAGUUGAUAAGGUUCAAUACGAGGGUUUCAUAUGUGGGGAUGUUGGAUGGAGAUCAUGUAGUUGGUUGCAAAGAUCUGAAAUGGGUUGUGAGGAGUAUGGAGAAGAAGGCUGAGAUUUUCGUGGAGGAGGUGUUUGAUGCGGUGGUUGUGGCCUCCGGCCAUUACUCUAACCCAAGGUUACCGUCCAUUAAAGGAAUGGAUGCAUGGAAGAGGAAGCAAAUGCACAGUCACAUCUAUAGGGUUCCGGAGCCAUUUCGUGAUGAGGUUGUGGUGGUGGUUGCGAAUUCACUAAGUGGACAAGAUAUAUCAAUAGACCUAGUGGCUGUGGCCAAGGCAAUCUAUCUUAGUGCCAGAUCGCUUGACAUAUCUAAGGGCUUGUCCAAAGUCAUUUCCAAACACGAAAACUUGCACCUUCGUCCCCAGAUAGAGUCGCUUCAAGAAGAUGGGAAAGUAUUAUUUGUGGACGGUUCUUGGAUCACUGCAGACACUAUCAUAUAUUGUACUGGGUAUUCAUACACGUUCUCCUUUCUUGACACCAAAGGAAUAGUAACUGUGGAUGAUAACAGAGUGGGCCCCUUGUAUGAGCACACCUUCCCUCCAUCACUUGCUCCCUCUUUAUCUUUUGUAGGCAUUCCAAAAAAGGUCAUAGGGUUCCUGUUCUUUGAGUCACAAGCAAAAUGGAUAGCUCAACUGCUCUCUGGGAAAACAACACUGCCAUCAAGGGAUGACAUGAUGCAGUCCAUCAAAGAGUUCUACCACUCAAGGGAGGUUGCUGGCAUUCCAAAACAUGACACCCACGGCAUCGGCGACUUCGAGUAUUGUGAUAGAUAUGGAGAUCACUCGGGGUUCCCACAUUUGGAAGAAUGGAGGAAAGAGCUUUGCUAUUCAGCACAAAUACAUGCCGACGCCGACUUAACAUUCAGGGAUUCGUGCGAUGAUCAUGAGCUGCUUCAAAAGGCUUUUCAAAGUCCAUAUUUUGCUCAAUUUCGGCCUCAAGAUUUAGAUUUCCUCUGAAAUAACCCUACAAAUGUUAUUUUGUGAUAGUUUUGAAAGAAUUGUUUGUAUUGAAAAUGUGUAAGGUUACAAGAAAGAGAACUUAUACAAGUGGAGAAGGAUGUCGUGAGUCACCCGAUGAACAUCACACACCAUGCUUCACACACUAAUAUUCUAACACCCAUACUUUACACAUUAAUAUUCUAACACCCAUACUUUACACAUUAACCCAUACCUAUAACCCAUACUUUGGAUAUUAGAUAUUCUACCCAUACCUAUAACCCAUACUUUGGAUAUUAAAUAAUCUAACACUCCCCCUCAAACGAAGGCUAGUAUAUUCAUCAAGCCAAGUUGGACCAAAAGAGUGUUGAAUUGAACCCGAGACAAUCCUUUGGUGAAGAUGUCUGCUAGUUGAUCUGUGCUCCGAACAAAAA